GGGCGAGUUCUGGAAAUGGAGCUUCCAGGAGGGGGAGAAGAUCAGCUUGAACGGGUCUUUUUACGACUUGGCCAUGCUGAAACAGAUGAACAAUUACAGAAUAUUAUAUCUAAAUUUCUUCCUCCUGUUUUGCUCAAAUUGUCCAGUACCCAAGAAGGAGUACGGAAAAAGGUAAUGGAACUGCUGGUCCAUCUGAAUAAGCGUAUAAAAAGCCGCCCCAAAAUACAGCUCCCAGUGGAGACACUACUGGUUCAAUACCAGGACCCUGCUGCAGUUUCCUUUGUCACAAAUUUUACUAUAAUUUAUGUGAAGAUGGGCUAUCCUCGCCUACCAGUGGAAAAGCAAUGUGAAUUGGCCCCUACGCUUCUUACUGCCAUGGAGGGGAAGCCUCAGCCACAGCAGGAUAGCUUAAUGCAUCUUUUAAUACCAACCCUUUUUCACAUGAAAUACCCUGUUGAAUCAUCAAAAUCAGCUUCUCCGUUUAAUCUUGCUGAGAAACCAAAGACUGUGCAGCUGCUUUUGGACUUCAUGCUAGAUGUCCUUCUGAUGCCUUAUGGAUAUGUGUUAAAUGAAUCCCAGAGUCGCCAAAAUUCAUCUUCAGCACAGGGUUCUUCUUCAAACAGUGGGGGAGGUUCUGGAAUUCCACAGCCUCCCCCAGGAAUGAGCUUUUAUGCAGCUAAACGAGUUAUUGGUGAUAACCCAUGGACACCUGAACAGUUGGAGCAGUGCAAAUUGGGCAUUGUGAAAUUCAUAGAAGCUGAACAGGUGCCUGAACUUGAAGCUGUUCUCCACCUGGUGGUUGCUUCUAGUGACACACGUCACAGUGUGGCAACAGCGGCAGACCUCGAAUUGAAAAGCAAGCAAAGCUUAAUUGACUGGAAUAAUCCUGCCAUCAUUAAUAAAAUGUACAAGGUAUACCUUGGAGAUAUACCACUGAAGACAAAAGAGGGAGCAGUUCUGAAGCCAGAGCUGAAAAGGGACCCAGUUAGUACUAGAGUCAAGUUAAAGAUUGUCCCUCAUCUCCUUCGCUCUAGACAAGCUGCUGAAACUUUCCCAGCUAACAUUCAGGUGGUAUAUGAUGGACUUUUUGGUACAAAUACAAAUUCAAAGUUAAGAACAUUAUCCCUGCAAUUUGUACAUCACAUUUGUAUAACCUGUCCAGAAAUCAAGAUUAAGCCAUUAGGUCCAAUGCUUUUGAAUGGCCUCACUAAACUAAUCAAUGAAUAUAAAGAAGACCCUAAACUACUGUCAAUGGCAUAUUCAGCUGUUGGAAAACUCUCCAGUCGAAUGCCCCAUUUAUUCACUAAGGAUAUAGCUCUUGUGCAGCAGCUUUUUGAAGCUCUAUGUAAGGAAGAGCCUGAGACACGGCUUGCCAUACAAGAAGCAUUAUCUAUGAUGGUUGGGGCAUAUAGUUCUUUGGAAGGAGCACAGCGAACUCUGAUGGAGGCACUUGUGGCUUCUUACUUAAUAAAGCCUGAAGUUCAAGUUCGACAAGUGGCUGUGAAAUUUGCCAGCACAGUGUUUCCCUCAGAUCAUAUACCUUCCAGAUACUUGCUCCUACUAGCUGCAGGAGAUCCACGAGAAGAAGUUCAUGGAGAAGCACAACGAGUAUUAAGAUGUCUUCCUGGUAGAAACAAAAAAGAAGGUGCUUCUAAGCAGAUGCCUUCUUUCCCAGAAAUGGUAUAUUAUAUCCAAGAAAAGGCUUCCCAUCGAAUGAAAACUCCAGUCAAAUACAUGACCGGGACUACUGUCCUUCCAUUUAAUCCAGCAGCAUUUGGAGAGAUAGUCCUGUACUUGCGCAUGUGUUUGGCUCACAGUGCAGGGGUGGUGCCUACCUCUCAGAGUUUGGCUGAUAUGCAAGAUCAUGCUCCAGCCAUUGGACGCUACAUACGGACUUUAAUGUCAAGCAGCCAGGUGACAGCCUCAUCAUCAUCUAAUAAAAGUGGAGAAACCAACCCCGUUCAGAUCUACAUUGGCCUGCUUCAGCAGCUGUUAGCAGGUGUUGGAGGUUUGCCGGUCAUGUACUGUCUGUUGGAAGCUGUGUCAGUAUAUCCAGAAAAAUUGGCUACCAAGUUUGUAGACAAAACAGAAUGGAUAAAGAGUUUGAUGAAUAGCAGUAAAGAAGAAAUGCGUGAAUUGGCAGCAUUGUUUUAUUCUGUGGUUGUAUCAACUGUAUCGGGAAAUGAGUUGAAAUCAAUGAUAGAACAACUUAUAAAGACUACAAAAGACAAUCAUAGCCCUGAGAUACAGCAUGGAUCCUUGCUUGCCUUGGGAUUCACAGUGGGAAGAUACUUGGCUAAAAAGAAGAUGAGAAUGGCAGAGCAGCAAGACCUGGAGACAAAUGAGGAUUUGCUGCCUGAGCAAGAGGAGCUCAUUCAGAGCGCUACAGAAACAAUAGGCUCGUUUUUGGAUAGUACAUCACCCCUCUUGGCAAUUGCUGCCUGUACAGCUUUGGGUGAAAUUGGCAGAAAUGGUCCACUCCCAAUCCGCAACGAGGGAUCUGGCUUUACCAAAUUACAUCUUAUAGAAAGUUUACUAAAUAGAAUUCCUUCCAGUAAAGAAACAAAUAAGAUGAAAGAACGAGCAAUUCAAACAUUGGGCUAUUUUCCAGUUGGGGAUGGGGAUUUUCCUCAUCAGAAACUCCUCUUGCAAGGUCUGAUGGAUUCCGUGGAGGCCAAGCAGAUAGAACUUCAGUUCACUAUUGGUGAAGCCAUUACCAGUGCUGCAAUAGGAACUAGUUCUGUGGCUGCCCGAGAUGCCUGGCUAGUGACUGAAGAAGAAUAUAUUCCUCCUUCUGGCGCCAAAGUGAAUGACGUAGUCCCCUGGGUGUUGGAUGUGAUUUUAAAUAAACACAUCAUCAGCCCCAACCCACAUGUGAGGCAAGCAGCCUGUAUCUGGCUCCUUUCCCUUGUGAGGAAGCUUAGUACCCAUAAGGAAGUGAAGUCUCAUCUUAAAGAAAUUCAGAGUGCAUUUGUUUCAGUUCUGUCAGAAAAUGAUGAACUUAGCCAAGAUGUUGCCUCCAAAGGCCUUGGGUUGGUUUAUGAACUAGGCAGUGAACAAGAUCAACAGGAAUUGGUGUCUUUGCUUGUUGAAACACUUAUGACUGGCAAAAGAGCUAAACAUGAAGUUUCUGGAGAGACGGUUGUGUUUCAAGGGGGAACCCUUGGCAAAACACCGGAUGGCCAGGGCCUUUCUACUUACAAGGAGCUUUGUUCUCUGGCAAGUGAUCUUAGUCAGCCAGAUCUGGUGUAUAAAUUUAUGAAUCUGGCCAACCAUCAUGCAAUGUGGAACUCAAGGAAGGGUGCUGCUUUUGGUUUUAAUGUAAUUGCUACAAGAGCCGGAGAACAGCUGGCUCCUUUUCUGCCUCAACUAGUUCCUCGUCUUUAUCGUUAUCAGUUUGAUCCCAACCUUGGCAUUCGACAGGCCAUGACAAGUAUUUGGAAUGCAUUGGUCACUGAUAAAUCAAUGGUGGAUAAGUAUUUGAAGGAAAUUCUUCAAGAUUUGGUUAAGAAUCUUACUAGCAAUAUGUGGCGAGUUCGAGAAUCCAGCUGUUUAGCUUUGAAUGAUUUAUUGAGAGGAAGACCCCUAGAUGACAUCAUUGAUAAACUUCCAGAAAUUUGGGAAACACUUUUUAGAGUACAAGAUGAUAUCAAGGAGUCUGUACGAAAAGCAGCUGAAUUAGCUCUGAAAACUCUGAGCAAGGUUUGUGUGAAAAUGUGUGACCCUGCCAAAGGAGCAGCUGGCCAGAGAACCAUUGCUGUCCUUCUGCCUUGCCUUCUGGACAAAGGAAUGAUGAGUCCUGUGACAGAAGUUCGAGCCCUGAGCAUUAACACCCUUGUGAAGAUCAGCAAAAGUGCAGGAGCCAUGUUGAAACCACAUGCACCCAAACUCAUCCCUGCUCUGCUGGAAUCCUUAAGUGUAUUGGAGCCCCAAGUUCUCAAUUAUUUGAGCCUUCGGGCUACAGACCAAGAAAAGGCUGCUAUGGAUAGUGCUCGACUCAGUGCUGCCAAAUCAUCUCCCAUGAUGGAAACAAUCAACAUGUGCCUGCAAUAUCUUGAUGUGUCGGUGCUGGGUGAGCUAGUUCCUAGAUUAUGUGAACUGAUCAGAAGUGGUGUAGGUCUUGGAACUAAGGGAGGCUGUGCCAGUGUCAUCGUGUCUUUAACAACUCAGUGUCCGCAGGACCUAACACCUUACUCAGGUAAACUUAUGAGUGCUUUGCUUAGUGGCCUGACAGAUCGAAAUAGUGUAAUUCAGAAAUCUUGUGCAUUUGCCAUGGGCCAUUUAGUUCGGACCUCACGAGAUAGCAGCACUGAAAAACUGCUGCAAAAGCUCAGUGGCUGGUACAUGGAGAAAGAAGAACCCAUCUAUAAGAUUUCUUGUGCUUUGACUAUUCAUGCGAUUGGACGAUACAGCCCUGAUGUAUUAAAGAACCAUGCCAAAGAAGUUUUGCCCUUGGCAUUUCUAGGCAUGCAUGAAAUUGCUGAUGAAGAGAAAUCUGAAAAAGAAGAAUGUAAUUUAUGGACUGAAGUGUGGCAGGAAAAUGUACCUGGGUCCUUUGGAGGCAUCCGAUUGUACCUGCAGGAAUUGAUUACCAUUACCCAGAAGGCAUUGCAGUCUCAGUCUUGGAAGAUGAAAGCCCAGGGUGCCAUUGCCAUGGCAUCAAUUGCAAAACAGACCAGCUCUCUAGUACCUCCAUAUCUGGGAAUGAUACUGAGUGCAUUGUUGCAAGGCCUGGCUGGAAGAACAUGGGCAGGAAAGGAAGAACUAUUGAAAGCCAUUGCCUGUGUGGUGACAGCUUGCAGUGCAGAGUUGGAAAAGUCUGUGCCCAAUCAACCCAGCACAAAUGAAAUUCUUCAAGCUGUUCUGAAGGAGUGUUGCAGAGAAAAUCUUAAAUACAAAAUCGUAGCAAUCAGCUGUGCAGCUGAUGUUUUGAAGGCCACCAAAGAAGACAGAUUCCAGGAGUUUUCUGACAUUGUCAUACCUCUCAUCAAGAAGAACUCACUUGAAAGCAUGGGGGUCCGGAUGACCAAAACAGAAGAUGAGAAUGAGAAGGAAAGAGAACUGCAGCUGGAGUCUUUGCUGGGUGCCUUUGAGAGCCUGGGCAAAGCCUGGCCUCGGAAUGAGGAGACCCAACGUUGUUAUCGUCAGGAGCUGUGCAAAAUGAUGUGUGAACGGCUAAAACUCAGCACAUGGAAAGUGCAGCUGGGAGUUCUUCAGUCAAUGAAUGCUUUUUUUCAGGGGUUAAUGCUUUUGGAAAAAGAACAUGCAGAUCCUGCAGCUUUGGCUGAAAUUCUCCAGGAAACUUGUAAAUCUAUCACUUAUUCUUUAGAAAAUAAGACCUACUCAUCUGUGAGAACAGAAGCUUUAUCUGUGAUAGAAUUACUGCUUAAAAAACUUGAAGAAUCUAAACAGUGGGAAAGUUUGACAUCUGAAUGCAGAGUGCUCCUGAUUGAGUCUUUAGCUACUAUGGAGACAGAUAGCAGACCUGAACUGCAGGAGAAAGCAUCAUUACUUAAGAAAACACUUGAAAAUCUGGAAUAAAUGAGAAGGGGAAGAAACAAGUGCCAUGUUUAUUGGGGGUUGAAAUGGUGGUAUUCUUUAAAAAACCAAGUGGGGAAGAGUAAAGAUUAAUCUGUAGCAUGCAUCAUUCCUUGGCUGAAAUAAAAAAAAAAAAAGCCUUAAAGUUUGUUCCUUAUUAGCUUUAUUUUAACUUGACUCUUUUUUUUUUUUUUUUUUUUAUUAAAACGUGGGCUGAGCUUAAAGGAACCUUGGGUGUUUGCGAGGUGGUUGAUUGUAAAUGAGACGGGAAGAAAUAGUUGUUAAAAGAAUUAAAGCUAUUAUAAAAAAUUAAAGCUAUUACAGAGAGUUGCAGAGCAAGCUGGACAAAAAUCUUAGCUAUCCAAGCUAAAGUUAUUUCAGGAUGGUUUCCUAUAAAUCACUUUAACCUCUUCUUUUAGACCUGAGGAAAUAGGAUUGGAGGUGAUAUAAAUUACUUUCUGAGCCCUGUGCCAAGGGCAGAUCAGGUGUUAAACAUCCUGCCCACUACACUCUUUUACAGCCGGACGCCAAAAGCAUUGCUAACCAUGGCCUACCCCAGAAAUUCCAAAGAUGAAGUAGAUUGAGGGUGACUGACAAUAGUCCUUGAUUGACUCUUUAUCAUUGGGUUCUUCAAAGUCAAAAGCUCAACAUUUCAUGUGUUCAACGGUUAAAUUUUUAGAAAGUGAUUGUUUAGCAUCUUUACAGGUUGAGAGCACAAGUUUGGGCUCCAUGUGAUUCUAAUCAAAGUCCUUUUACAGACAGAUUAAAGUAGAAGACAAGAUUGUUCCUCUGUCUGUAUCUGUGGUUGCAUAUUUUGCAAAACCCAAAACAAAAAAUCGCAGACUGCCUUGAUUUAGACCAUUUGUAAUCUCAAAAUUGUAAUGACAACUUAAAAUUUUUUACUCAUUUUUAUGCUAAUAGUCUGACUUUGUAGGGUAGAAGGAGAGCCUAUUAAUUAACCAUCAUGAAAUUACCUCUUUUUAAUGCAUUUUCUUAAAAUAGCAUAUCACUCCAAGUAGAUAAUUGUAGACAGAAUUUCUUUCCUUCCUUCUGCUGCUCACACCCCUGCUUAAGAGUAUAGGGUAAUUUUAACCUACAUGUUUAUGGUUAGCUAAGGACUCUUUAGCUUGCCUUGGAUUCCACGGCACAAGAUUGAUUUACAUGCAGUACUGUUCUCUUAUUGCAUCAACACCAGGAAUCUCCACGUUUAUUAUUUUUGGUGGAAACUCUAUAUUUAUUAGUAUUGGUUGUCUCCAUUGACCACUGUGCAUUUCAUACUGUUUUGGUUGUGACUCAUAAUAAAAAUAACUUCUACUUCAUGAUCCAGAACAGAAUGUGUGUGUGUGUGUGUGUGUGUGUGUGUGUGUGUGUGUGUGUGUGUAUGUAUCUAUGUCUGAAUAUAAAAUCUUUAACUGAAAUAAAUCUUUUGUGAAAUAAUACAUAGUCACUAUGUGUGACACACUUUGAUUUCUCUCUGUUGUAAAUUCUUCAGACCCACUCAACUGGGUUACUACUCAUAGUUUGAAAAACACUGCCAUGGAUAGUACCUAAAUUUAUCUGAAUGUGUUAUGUUUGGGAUUACUUCUGAUUAGGAAAAGGAUUUACAAAUAAAAAUUUUCAGUGUUUAUUACUCUUUGCUGAUACUGAAAUGUAGUUGUGAAUUUUACAGAACCUUUUGUAGACUUCCAUUUGAGAAUAACUUGCUUGGAUGUUCUUCAGAAAGCUGUGAUUCAUAGGACUUGGUAUUUUCCAGAUCAGCAUUUCCCCUCCACUAAAUGCCCUCUGACUUUCACUUACAGUAUGGAGGAUAUGCUUCCUUGUCAAGAGGGUAGUGCAGGUCAGGGAUGUUCAGAAAGUAAUAAUUUAAAGAAGGGCAAGAUCUGUGCAAAUGGUCUGUAGCAGGUGUUGAAACCUCAUCAAAUUUUGUGCUUUUAAAGCUUUUUGGUUAUUUAAUAUUGGGAAUUUCCCUUGGUGCUGAGAAUGGUGCUGAUAUCACCUCAACCCCCACUCUGUCUGCCAAAACUUAGUGCUUUUGAGUUACAUUUCUUUUAGCUUUCUAAGCACAUUUCUAAUUUAUAUACUUAAUGCCUUCAUCUUGACCAGCCAAACCAUUUACACAUCUACUCAUGAUAAAUUAUUUUCUCACAGUGCAGCUUAUGUUUGGUGUACACACAUUUAUUUAAACAGGUCAAUAACUGAGUCUGUAAGUACAGAAUGUUGAUGAUGAUGAACAAAUGGCUAAAGUUCCCAUGCACACCUCUUUCAUCAGUCUUCAUUAUUUAAAGCUAUCUGGAAUGGAUUUUGAUUAUUUUUCUCUCUAUAAGUUCAGAGCUUCUUGUCAUACAAACAACCAGUUUGUAGGCUCUCUUACUGAAUUCCUUAUUCCUGACAUUAGUGCAUUAUCUAUAGCUUCACAAAUUUAUUGAUAUGUGAGAGGGGAGAUUCCGGGACUGUGGCAACUGGAAAUAACCAUGAAAGUGGUAUACAGUUGUAUUUUGGGUGAUAAAGAGCAAUUUGAAUGUUUAUAUUCAAUUUAUAGUUCCCAGAGGGUCUUCCUGUGACAAAUCUCCGUUCACAAGACUUCCACCAAAUUCCUGUUAUGUUGCCCUUUUUUCACUUAUGUAUUAUGAAAAAGAAAAAAGAAACAAAGAUACGGUCUCAGUUGUCUGCUCUACUAACAGUUGCACUUCUGAACAUGGGUCCUUUGUGGGAUGUAUCUUGGUUCUAGUGCCACAAUAUAUUCAUGCUGCUUGUUAAGUCCAGGGAAUUAUUUUGAUAUUGGCACUCACUGUAAUGUAUAAGCUGUUGUUAAAUGGAUGUAUAUGUGACAGAUUUUUGUAUUUUGUAUGCGACGUCUUCACAGAAUCCUCCGCAAUAUGUACUUGGCUAGCAAAGCAUGUAAUAAGCCUUCUUUGAAAGGAAAAUCUGUCCCAUGCUAAGAAGACAUUAAAUGGUAAAUAAAAGCUGCAUAGCUUGUU